AUGGUCCGCUCUACCUCCCUUCUCAAGGCCACCGCCUUGCUCGGCCUGAGCCAGGCCGCGGCGGCCCAGAACAGCACCACCAGCCCCUGGCCGUGGCAGACCUACCGUUCCGAGCCUGCUCUGCAGCCCCCUUCUCUGAAGAUCACCCAGACCGGCGACAUCGCCGAGGGUCACCUCUUCUUUGACCAGUCCGGCUCCGGCGGCCACAACUACUCCGUAUUCAUCAUGAGCAAUGAGAACGAGCUGAUCUGGGAGGGCCCUUACGGCGACAUCUCCGCGUGGCGCGCCCAGACUCUCUUCGGAGAGCCUGUCCUCACCUUCUACACCGGAAUCACCAUGCCGGAGCCCUACGGCUUCGGAUACGGAGCUGUCUUCAUCUACGACCAGACUUACAAGAACAUUUACAAUGUUACUCUGGAUCAGUACGCCAACGGCCUGAACCUCCAGACCUUCACCGGCUGGGACUCGUCCGGUCUCACCGGCGGCAGCUGGCUGGACAUGCACGAGGACUACAUCACCACUGAGGGUACCAUGUUUGCUCCUGCUGUGAACGUCACCCAGACGGACCUCACCUCCGUCGGCGGCCCUGUCGAUGGCUGGAUCGUGGACUCGCUCUUCUUCGAGAUCGACAUCAAGACGAACGAGAUCCUCUUCCAGUGGAGCCACCUGGACCACUUGGACGAGAUCUCUCUGGCUUCUGCUGCCCCUACCUACCCCUUGGAGGAUCUUGGACUCAAUCAGACCUACCCCUGGGGACCUUUCCACAUCAACUCGAUCGAAAGAUUCGCUGAUGGUGGUUUCCUCAUCUCCUCCCGCCACUACUGCUCCAUCUUCAAGAUCGCCAAGGAUGGAUCUGUCGAGUGGACCCUGAACGGCCAAACCGGUGGUUCCUUCGCCCUCAAGAACGGCCUGUCCUUCUGCUACCAGCACGACGCUCGCAUCCACGCCGAGGGCAACGGCACCGCCCUCAUUUCCCUCUUCAACAACGACAACAGCGGCAUCCGCAGCGGCGUCAACGAGACCUCGGGCAUCUUCCUCACCGUCAACACCGCCACCUGGGAGGCCACCCUCAAGCAGGAGCUCAUCGACCCCAACGACACAAUCUUUGCCGUCUCCCAGGGCAACGUCCAGGUCCUCAACGACGGCAGCGGUCACACCGUCAUCGGCUACGGCAGCACGCCCAAGAUCAAGGAGUUCAACGCCGAGGGCGAGUGCGUCUUCACCGCGCAGUUUGGCGAGGACAAGAUAGUCCAGAGCUACCGCAACCACCGCUACCCCUGGGUUGGCAAGCCCUACUACGCGCCCAAGGCUUUCGCCUGCGACGCUGGUAACCAGACCGAGGUGUACAUGAGCUGGAACGGCGCGACGGAGAACAACAAGUGGACCGUCUUCGCCGGCGCUUCGGAGGAUGCGCUGACGGAGAAGGCUUCUGUUGAGAAGACUGGCUUCGAGACCAAGGCUACCUUCUCCGGCUCGGCUCAGUUUGUGCGCGUUGAGAGCGCUGGUCAGGGCAUUGAGGCUGGCAAUCACGGGCUUCACGUCAUCGCCAUGGCCACACAUCGUCUCGCUACCCGGUCACAUCAAGGCGGCGUUUCCGACGGCGAUUGGGUUCAUGUGAGCGACAGCCGCGAACAACACGCAGCCAAAACCAUCUCGGAGUUUAUGCCGGAGCGUAUUAUACGUGUUACCACGGAUGAAAAGAAUCUCAACAAGUUUUACAAUAUCAAGUUCUCAGCCACGAGAUCUCAUCGGUUGGAACGAUACUACAAUGAAGAGCUCGACAGUCUGUUUAAAGCUCCGUUCGAUACCUACAGCCAAGAGGAUAAGGUAGACUUCUUACUUCUGCGCAACUAUUUGAGGCGCAAUCUCCGCGUCUUACUUCUGGAUCGUGAACGAGACGAACUGGUAAAGCCGGUUCUUCCAUUUAUCCAGCCGCUCAUCGAGAUAUGCGAAGCUCGUCAGAGCAUGGUUCCCGUCGACAGCAAAAAGACGGCCAUGAUAUUAAACGAAACAGCAAAGAACAUAAUUGCAACAACAAAGGCCAUCAAAACGAAUGGUAUCAAGGCCAAUGACUCGACACUCUCACGUGCUAUGAGCACCAUUGACCAAAUUAGAGGCCAUGUGGAUGAGGCCUACAGCUUCUACGCCCCUUACGACCCCCUGUUCCCUUUCUGGUGCGACGCGCCUAAAAAGGAACUGGACGAGGCCCUCACCGGUAUCAAGACGGCGAUAGACACCAAACUUAUUGAGAAAAACGGGUCCGGGUCUAUCCGUGCUGCAGUAGAACCCAUCGGGCGCUCCGGGCUGAUCACUGAGCUCGAAGCGGAAAUGAUACCCUACACGCCCGAGGAGCUCCUCAAGCUGGCGCAGGAACAGUACGAUUGGUGUGAAAAGGAGAUGAAGAAGGCUUCACGCAGCAUCAAGGUGGGCUCCGUUGGACCGGGGGGCAGUCAUGGGAGCGUAUCGGGUCUCGAGGCUCCUGGCGCUGGCUUCGGCGACGACUGGAAGGCGGCGCAGGAAUAUGUCAAGAAUUCAUAUGUUGAGCCCGGUCAACAGCCUGAGGUGGUGCGGCAGCUGGCCUAUGAGGGCAUGGCUUUUGUGAAGAAGCAUGACCUGGUCACGGUCCCAGAAAUUGCGGGCAAGUCUCUCUGCGAGACGUGGCGUAUGUUUAUGAUUGACGCAGAACGUCAAAAGGAGUCCCCAUUCUUCCUCGGAGGCUCCUCCUUCUGGGUUUCUUACCCCACCGCCGCCAUGGACCAUGACCUCAAGAUGAUGGUGAUGCGCGGCAACAACCCUCACUUCUCACGGGCGACGGCAUUCCACGAAUUAAUACCCGGCCAUCGUUUGCAGCUGUUUAUGGGCAAGCGUCACCAUCCCUACCGCGAGCUCUUUUCGACGCCCUUCUUCGUCGAGGGUUGGGCCAUGUAUUGGGAGUUCGUCUUUUGGAACCGGGGAGACUUUUUCGUGAGCCCCGAGGACAAGAUCGGAACACUCUUCUGGCGGAUGCACCGAUGCGCGAGAAUCAUCUUCUCCCUUAAGUACCACCUCGGCGAGAUGACGCCCCAAGAGUGCGUCGACCUGCUGGUAGACUGGGUCGGUCACGAGCGUUCUAACGCAGAGGGAGAAGUCACGAGAUCGUUCGGCGGCGACUACUCCCCGUUGUAUCAGGCCGGAUACAUGCUGGGGGCGUUGCAGAUGCACGGUUUGCGGGAGGAGGUGCUGACAAAAGGGUUAAUGGGCGAAAAGGAACUCCACGAUAAGAUCCUGAGGGCGAAUACGAUGCCAAUCGAGUUGCUUCGAGCGCUUCUCCUGAACCAGCCCCUGAGUCCGGACACGGAGGCUCAGUGGAGGUUCUACGACUGA